AUGUCAGUGGAAAGUGCAACAUUAGGAACGAUUGUUUGUUCUGGUGCAACGCUGUUAAUUUGUUUGUUGGCAAUAGCAGUGAUACACAAAGAUGUUACAAAUAUCUGGAAUGAAUUAGAUUCUGAAAUUGUCUCCUUUAAGGUUAGAACAGACGAUUUAUGGAAGCAAAUGAUUAAACUUGGUGCGGGUACUCCAUCAAAUCGGUUACGUCGCCGUCAAGCAGGUUACAGUGCUUCCGAUAAAAAUAAGGAUGGACCAAAUUAUAGUGAUCUCCCAUCUGCAAGUGCUGGUGACAGACCUCCUAAUCCAUAUGAUUUCAAUCAUCAGCAGUCUGUUCCUGGAUAUGGAAAUGAAAACCAGAAGCAGAGCAUACAAAACCAAUUAAAAGAAGCAACUUCGUCAAUUAAUUCCGACAUUAAUCCAGUGCGAAAAACUCCAGAUACUGGUAAUUUUGCAUCAUUUUCUCAUGAUGGAGGAACAGUACCUCAACCGGGACGACAAUUCCCUCAAUUUGGUGGUUCUGUUAUACCACCAGGUUUUCCUAAAACUGGACAGUGUGUAUGUAGCUUGGAAAAUAAUUGCCCACCGGGUCCUCCUGGGCCAAAAGGUGAAAAUGGUAUGAACGGCUUAGACGGUGUUCCUGGUAAAGAUGGCUUAGAUGGAUUUGAUGCUGAGGAUAUACAGCAAGAAGCACCAUCUGGCUGUUUCCAUUGUCCAGAAGGUCCAACUGGUCCACCAGGUCCUCUUGGUCGGCCAGGUAUACGUGGUCAACGUGGGCCAAAAGGUACACCAGGCUUGCCAGGCCGUGACGGAAAUCCAGGACCACCAGGUGAUAUAGGACCACCCGGGCCACCAGGGCCAAAUGGUAAGCCUGGUGAACCCGGAGAGAAAGGAGCUGAUGCAGAAAAAGUUGUUGGUCGAAAAGGUAAUCGUGGUCCACCUGGUGAUCAAGGUCCUGAAGGUCCUCCUGGUGACAAAGGUAAGGAUGCACCACCAGGAGAAAUUGGUCCUGAAGGACCUCCUGGACAACCAGGUUUCCAAGGUCCGCAAGGGAAUGAUGGAGAAGAGGGUCCAGAAGGUGCACGUGGGAAACCUGGCCAAGACGCUGAAUACUGUCCAUGUCCACAACGUGAACACGAUGGCAAUAGCGUUAGUUUACUUCCUAGUAUUGACCACAAUAAUGAUCAAAAAGGUCGAGUAGAAGAAGUGCAUUCAAAAAACGAUGAAGAAAUUGGACGAUUUGGAAAUGACAACUAUGGAAAUGCUGGUGAUGACAGCAGAAGUUAUAAAAUAAAGCGCAUAUAA